CAGCCUCAGCUUGAGAGAAACAACAUGUGGUGAAGGAAUUGAUUAGAAGGUCUUUGAGUCCAAACUGCUGCGAGAGUUUAAUAAACAUGAGAGCGGAGAGGAACGUGGUGCUCCUCUCCUCACUGUGCGUGGAAAACACCAGCGUCCCGCUGCGUUACCCAGGAGGACCAAACCACCGGCCCCUCAGCUCGCAUGAAUUCAAGGACAUCUUGUUCAGCUCAGCGUGUCUCAGGGUUCCUGGGGCCCCUCUCCGCAAGGGCUCUAAGUUUAGCCGCUGCUCACCUCUCUCAAGGGUCCCGCACACAAGCGGGGCCCCUCGUCUCCCACACAUGCGCCUGCUCCGAUGACGAUCUGAGAAACUCUCACUCACUCUCUGACCAGCACAGAGGAAGCUCCCGGUUCGCGACCUCUCGCCCUUCAACCCUGCAGAUUUUCCAGGAGAGGACUGUGUGCGGGUUAUAGUUCACUGUGAUUAUCUUCCCAGGGUCCAUCCAGCCAGAAGGACCCUGACCGGCUGUAAACACAUGACACAUGGACCGGCCCAACGCGUAAACAGCAUUAUCCCAGGGGCUUCAGGGAAGCUGUGGUUGGUGGGACGCCGCGUCGCAGCGCAGAUCAGUCAUCAGAGUGUUUGUUGGAGAUGGCCUCUGCGAGUGUGACUCCUGGGGAGUGGUUUUAGUGCUGGGAUGAACUGGCUGAGACGGAGACGUCGGAGCGCUUCACAAAAAGGCGGUGUUCAGCCCUGAGGGAUGCGCAGCCGGACACACGCCAACAGAGACGGAUGAAGUCAACCUGCCUGACUUAUCGCCCCCACUGUUGAGAGUUUGCGUGUGUUGCUCGUCCACUUCCAGCCGAAGCUUUCAUGAAAAAGCCCACUGGAGGGAAUCUCCGCUCCUCCAUUUCUUCUCCUUCCCGCCGCAUCCUCCUGGUUCCUCCCUGCAAUAUCCCAUGGUCCUCCUCCUCCUCCCCCUCAUCCAUCUUGCAGCGGGGAGCCUCCUCCGGCUGCCACUUCCGCAGGGACUGGGUAAAUAUUUCCCAUGGCUUAUCUGACUGCUGGCAGAGCCGUCGUGACUCAAAGUGUGAGGCUUCCCUAAUGAACAGGCAGCCUCCCAGCCACCAGAGGCCCCCGGCGGGGACCCUUUAGACUUCAAGUUCGACGCCUCAAACUCGAGCUAUUCAUUACGCUUAGGCAAGUCGCUGGGAGAUGAAGCCAUGACUCACAUCUUGACUUGAUUUUUUGAUUUUUUUUUACAGCAAGGAAUGAAAACAGCCCACCGUCUCCCACACACCCACCGCUGCCCUCUCUCUCUCUCUCUCUCUCCCUCCCUCCCUCCGUCCCUCCCUCCCUUGGCCAUUGUCCAGGUACAGUCCAGCCUCUUUGGUCAUGCUGAAGGUGUGACGUGUCUUCAAGUUCCCGCUUGUGCAAUCGUCUGGAGACUCUAGGGGGCUAUAAGACCCUCAGCCCCGUCUGGCUUCUCAGAGGCUGCUCUCUCCCAGCACACACACACAGAGGCAUGACUCGGUCUGGAUUCUCUGCUGCUCUCUGGACGGUCGACGGAACAUCUGUCCGGACAUGAAGUGAAGGAGCGAGCGCCUCCCCAGCAGCCGACCUUGGAUAAGCCUGCGCUACCAUGGCGUCCCUGAACGACUCGUCUCUUUUCAACGCCACGGAGAUGCUCUCCAACGAUUCUCUGGACCUGUGCUCCACCUGGACUUCUGUCCCAGUCACCACUGUGAUUCCCCCUAUCUACAGCCUCAUCUGUGUGUUUGGCAUCGUGGGAAACGCACUGGCGGUGUGCGUGCUGGCUCACGGCAGCGCCUCCAGGAUGACGGUGGCCAACACCUUCAUGCUGAACCUCUGCGUGUCCGACCUGCUGUUCCUGCUCACCCUCCCGCUGUGGGCCGUCUACUACUCCCAGGGCUACAGCUGGACGUUCGGCCAAGUGGCCUGCAAGCUCAGCGGAGCUCUUCUCCACCUCAACUUGUACGCCUCCAUCUUCUUCAUCUCCUGCAUGAGCAUGGACCGCUACCUGGCUAUCGUGUACCCGCUGCGCUCCCAGAGCGCCCGAGACCCCAAACGUGCCCGGCUGACCUGCGUCCUGGUGUGGGUUCUGGCCUGCGCCUGUGCAGCGCCCCCUCUGGUUCUGAGGGACACCCACUACUUGGAGCACCUUGGGAUGGAAGCCUGUGUGAUCAUAUACCCGGACCGGACCUGGUUCUUGACUCUGGCUUUGAUGAAGGUUCUUGUUGCCUUCUUGCUGCCCUUGUUGGUCAUCAGCUGCUGCUACUGUGCGAUUGGACGCCAUCUGCUGGCGGAUACAGGCCUGGUGAGGCUGAAGAGUCAGUCCCGUGCGACCAUGGCCAGGUCCCCGGAGUCGCCCGAGACCUCAGGUAAGCCGGAGAGACCACCAACCCCAUGUGUGAACCCUAGAACCUCGGGACUGAAACCACAGAAAAGCCAGGGGCUGGAGAGGGUGCUGUGGACGGUGGUGGCAGUGGUGCUGGCCUUCUUCCUUUGCUGGUUCCCCUUCCACUGCGUGACCUUUCUGGACAUCCUAGUGGCUGAGGGCCUGUUGGAGGGCUGCUGGGUGACCUGGACCAUCCGAAACUUGACGCCAGUCACCCUCUGCUUAGGCUUCUCCAACUCUGCCAUUAACCCCGUGCUGUACUGCUUCAUGGGCCACCAUUUCCGCGGGCGUCUGGGGGCGCUCAGCAAAGGUCUGUGUGCCUGCCUGAGGGCCCAGGGCCAAGAGCACGGCCAGAAGAGGGGCUCCUUCAGCACCAGGCUGAGCUCCUUCUCCAGGAAACUCAGCGAUUUGAAAGACCUGGCCAUUGUUGAGGCAUCUGCUUCAGCUUAGAGGGGCCUCAGCGUCCGCCUCAGAAUCACACCACAGCUGAGCGAGGGAAACGCCUCGGUAAAACGAGACGACUAGACAACACCGGCGCGCAGGAGUCUGACCCAGGCCUCUUCGUCUAGAUCUGCAUCUGCCGCGUCUUUCACUCGACGGGUCCCCGUUCACUCCUGGCCGUUCUAAACCUCGCUAGUCUGCGGACUCACCCAGUUCCCUCUGUGGAAAAAAAAACCUUCUCCUUCUAACGGCAGUUUCAAAACGUGCACCUUCGCAAAAAUACCUUUAAAAGUGUUUAAAAAGUGACGCAAUCUGAAGUAAAUGCCUCGUCAAAAAAAGGCUGAAAUUGAAGUGACCAAAAAAAUAUGUCAGUGAUCCAUUUUUCUGAAAAUAUUUGGAAACCUUUCGUCCAACUCCACUGGUCACCAGCUUGUUGACUCGAAGGUCACUCCACUGUCGUCUUUGGCUGUCUCUUCUGCUUUGCUAGCACUGAUGCUAGGCUAAUGUCGAACGCUACACACGGCUGGUCAUAGUCGCCGUUGCUUUGUUGGGAUUGCACAGUACAUGUUUUGAUCUGGAAUGCACUUCAAUCUCGUAUUUUUAAUGGGAAUAAGACACAAUUAUUGCUGUUGUGUUGUUGUAACCCUUGCACAUCUGAUGACUCAGCUCUUUUUAAUCGCAAAUGCGUCUGUAAAGAGAAAUCACCAUCAUCUCAGCAGCGUGCUGUCGGCGACUCAUUUUUAAAAUGUUUUAAAAUGCUCUGUUUCAUACCGUGAGAAAUGAAGAUAUUUUUAUACCAUUGACCUGCUUGUCAUUUGGGCAUCAGGCUGCGCAUGAAAGCGCUGAGUCAUCCUUGUCCGAACGCGCCGACGUGACAUAAACAUCCUGUCAAUAAAGAGUCCCUGAAGUGAUGUGUUUCCUUCAGCAGCGUCAGCGUUGCACGUUGUGGUCUUUCAUUUCAGCUCUCACCUACAUGAUCUGCAUGAACUUUGCAUCGUGGAAGUGUCACAGGAUUUUAUGGUUUCAUCUACCAAUUAUUAAACAUACACAUUCUAUUCAAUUCUUCCGUUUUUGCUCUCAUUAUUAGUGUUUUCUCCCCGAAAACAACGUUAAUGAACAUAUAAAUAAAAGCAGUGUGUCACAUAUAUGAAACAAAUUUCAGGUCUUUUUUUGAACAGAUGCAGUUUUCAGAGAGUGAAAGACGUCGUCGUAGAUCACCGACAUACAUUUUCCUCAGGUGAUCUGGAAUGUUAUAUUUUCUCUUUGUUUUUGCCUACAUUUUUCUUUUUUUUAAAUUUCCUCACAGAAAUAUGAAAAAGUGUAAAUAUGUAUUUUUCUGGCCACUUAUUCCAUAUGUAUUUAUGUAUUUACUCUGGGCGCGGCCCUGUUUGGAUCCUCCAGUUCAUCAAAAUUCCAGAGAAAGUUUGGCAUGGAUUCCC